UGACAUUAAAUUCAUUUUUCACGUUUAGCAUUAAAUUAUAUCAAUAAUAAUAAAAAAAAAUACAUGCUGCGCUAUUUUCUUGAAAUAUUGAAACAACAUUCAUGUUAUAUAUAAGUGAAUGCUACCUGUGAUCAAGCUAGUGAGCCAUUGGAUAAAGUUAGAUGCAUAUGACAUACUGGUUUGGUAUAGAUCUAGGCGACUUUUUGUUUUCGGGAUAUAAUGUUACUACAAUAUGGGGUCUUCUGGCCACGUGCUUGGGUUUGGCUGCACUUGCAGUACUAUAUGAGGCCAUGAAAAUUUCUCAGUUUCGUUUGCAACAGUUUACAAUUAAGUCAGUACCAAGGACAACCUCUUCUUCUGAAAACUUAUCUUUAUUAUCCAAAGUUACAUCAAGAACUUUUAGAAUUUCAUCUUAUACACGAUGUAGUCCUUGUUUUAAAUGGGUAUUUGAAGUAUUACACUGGUCUCUUCAUACCACAUUUGCUUAUAUUUUGAUGAUGGCAGUUAUGACAUAUAAUAUAUAUAUCACUAUUGCCCUUGUGAUUGGAGGAAGCUUAGGAUAUUGGGUAUUUAGCCCUGCACUUAUACAAUUAAAAAUGCAACAGUUUCAACAUAAACAAGCAAUUGUGGAAUGUAACAAGAAUUGUGAAGCUGUUUUAGAAAACCAACGAAGACGACUAUCUACUGUCUCUAUUGUUGCAGAGCAAUUAGUUACUGAAAUAAAUAUAGAAGUUCAUGCUCCGAGAGAUACAUGAAUCCCAUGUGUAAAAUAUAAAAGCCUGAUAUUAUACAUAUCAAAAGUAGUUGCUAUUGUUACAAUAUUGUAUGUGUAUAUAAAUGUACAGCAUAUUUUUAUAUUUGUAAUAUUUGACAUCAACAUGUGAGAUAAGAAUAUACACAAUAUAAGAUAAAUUAUA